CCCAUGUUUGAACCGGUAGGCGCGUCUAAGAGGCGGGCGGCGAGGCAGCCGGGGCUGCGGGUGCCCAUGUGCAUCAAGACGGUGAAGGUGCAGUUCGGGGACACCCUGGCGGAGAUCGCGCUGAAGCACCGCACGUCCAUCAGGGACCUGCAGCGGCUGAACAACCUGCGGUCGGACUUCAUUGUGGAAAGGCACACGCUCAUCGUCUCGUGCUCCAACCAGCGUCGCUCGUACCAGAGCUCAGGCCUGGUAUUCGCCGGACCUGCCGCCCCCCUUUUUCCCGGCUCUCCCCGUCCUCACUUGCGAACCUGCCCACGAGGCUCGGCGUGGGAGGUCCGGCAGCAGGAGCCAUUGUGAAAUCGGCUUCAGCAGCAGCAGGGGCUCGAGUUUCUCUUCUAGAAGGGCGGUGGGAGGAGGGUCCCAGGCUUUCCCAAGUCGAUGGACGGAUGGCUGCGAUUUAACUGCCCUGUGGUGGACGGCUUCGUCAGCAGUCCCUUUGGCUGGCGAUGGGGAUCCUUCCAUGAGGCGUGGAUCUAGCAGCGGGAGUUGGCGCGCCAGUGCUGGCGUCAGACAAGGGCGUGGUGACGUUUGCAGGCUGGAGCGGAGGGUACGCAAGCUGGUGACUAUAGCGCAUGACAAUGGCUUCACCACUCGCUAUGGCACUGCUGCAUCAUCAACGCUCGCGUUGGGCAGCGAGUGGCAAGGGGGCAGCAAGUGCAUGUGUGGGGGCAACUGGGCGAGCCACGGACCCCACCUGCACUUCGAAGUUCGCAAGAGAGGGGAGGCAUUGGACCCGUUCAAGUGGUGCAACUUGUGACAGUAGAGCCGGUGCAGGCAGGCAUAGCAGCAGCGCACACCUCCUCUCUUGCAGAAGGCAUUCUGCUGAGUGUGCUGCGCUGCUGUGCUGCUGUCUGCUGCCCAUCCUGCUCAUACAGCCAGACAACACCAUCCAGGCUGCAACUUAGGCCAUGCCACACUGCUGCCACAGGAGCAUGGAGUGGAGAGUGAGUGUGUCGCCUGACUGGUAGCUAGCUAGCCCAGUUCUGCACUGCAUACCAUUAUUAAGACUCCCCAAGCUAGGUCUGAAUAACCUAUCGGUCGCAUGCUCUCUUCCCUAAGGGUAUACAGGCUAGCUGUGGGGGCACUAAGCCUGAUAGCCUAGCAUGGCAUGGUUGUGCUCUAGGGGAUAUUUACACCAGCCCUCCUGUAAGGGAGGCAAGCAAGAACAGGUGUUGGUGCUCGCUUGUGUAUGGCGGAUUGAAAGACAGCUGCUGACUACUACGGUAUGACAGUGGCGAACCAGAGUUCAUGUGGCUGGUAGAGGUUCACUGUAUUUGUGAGUGCUAAAGCCUAAAGUUUUGCUGGGGCGUAUGCAGGGGUUCCAAGUGCACGGAUGUCGUCAUUCUGUUUGUA